UAAUAAUUUAAAGUCGCGUUGCACUGUCGAUAUGGAUAUGGAAAAUACAAAUUUCGGCCCCCAGAGCAACAGUAAAGCUCCAGCUGCGAGUCAGGAGCCUUCGCAUGCCGCGCUCAAGGCUGGCGCCCAACCCGGCAGCGCUGGGGGUGAAAUCAUCACUGUCCAGCCCGCUCGUCUCGAGGAUCUCCAGCCAAGCUACGCUCAGAUCUUGAACCAUCCCACCCAGAGCGCUGCGGGCCACGGAUGGUAUGCCGCAAUUAUUCACGGCCUUGGUGAAUUUCUCGGCUGUCUUGGUGCCAUUCCGUGCUGCUUGUGCUGCCCCAACCCCUUCAGGCCCGUGGACCAAGGACAGGUCGGCCUGGUAACCAAAUUCGGCCGUUUCGAACGCGCCGUCGAUCCGGGCCUCGUUAAAGUCAACGUCCUCAGCGAGAAAUUGAAGACAAUCGACGUCAAAAUCCAAAUUGUUGAGGUCCCGCGCCAGGUUUGCAUGACCAAGGAUAAUGUCACCUUGCAUCUGACGUCUGUCCUCUAUUACCAUGUCGUCUCUCCGCACAAGGCCGCCUUCGGCGUCGCGAACGUCCGCCAGGCCCUCAUCGAACGAACUCAGACUACCCUGCGACAGGUGGUUGGUGCUCGUGUCCUGCAGGAUGUUAUUGAGCGUCGGGAGGAAAUUGCCCAGUCUAUUCGGGAAAUUAUCGACGACGUGGCCACCGAUUGGGGUGUUAAGGUUGAAUCCAUGCUCAUCAAGGAUCUCAUCUUCAGCGAUGAGCUGCAGGAAUCUCUGUCCAUGGCCGCUCAGUCCAAGCGCAUCGGUGAGAGUAAGGUCAUUGCUGCCCGUGCAGAAGUCGAGGCCGCCAAGCUCAUGAGAGCCGCCGCCGAUAUCUUGUCCUCUGCUCCUGCUAUGCAAAUCCGCUAUUUGGAGACCAUGCAGCAGAUGGCCAAGACCUCCAACUCUAAAGUCAUCUUCCUGCCGGCCCCAAAUCAAACCAUGGCACAGAUUCAGGAUUCCCUCAACGAGGCUGAGAGGACUGGUGAAGGCCCAAGCCAUUAUAGCAACCCGUUUGAUACCCAGACAAACGAUGGGUUUCAGCAAGCCAUGAACGCCCGAGUUGUUGAGCAUAUCUAAACUGAUUCGUCUUUUCCCCUUCCACCCAGGCGCUGUAGUUGCAGGAUAAUACCUUAAUUGUUUGCGAUACCCUCCCCGAUGCUUUUGCGGUACUCUAAUUUUAUUCUUUGUGUAUACUUCACAGAAUGUUGUCUACCCAAUGUUUGUGAUGGUGUUGGCAACUUUCAAUAAUUAUCUUCUCUGAUGGACUCUUUUGCUAGGCUGUGGGGAACAGAGCAUGUUGCCCUAAUUCAUAAUGUAAAUAGGGAAGCACAUGACUAUAUUGAUGG